AUGAUCGACACGGGGAGCUCAACCGACGUGCUCUAUCUAGAUGCCUUCCAGAAGUUAGGGUUAACCAAAGAAUCCCUGAAGCCUAUCUGCUCGGCGCUCACGGGAUUCACCGGCAAUUCGGUCUCACCAUUGCCCCUGACCUUGGGAACGCCGCCCAGAACAAAGACCGUGAUGUCCACCUUCUUGGUGGCAGAUCUUCCUACUGCGUACAACGCCAUCCUUGGCCGCCCCACCCUCAACAAAAUCAGAGCUGUAGUCUCCACCUAUCAUCAGACGAUAAAGUUUCCUACCCACGUCGGGACAGGGGAAGUUUGGGGAAGGCCCCAAGAGUCCAGACGAUGCUACCUGACGGCGGUUUCGCUGCACAAAAGGGCGAAGACCGACCAACCUCUAGAGGACCCAAAGCGACCGACACCACACCCGGAGCCGACGACGCCCACUUGCAACGUACCGUUGAUGGAGGAUCGCUUGGAUCGGACGGUCCAGGUCGGGUUGGAACUCCCCGGGCAAGAACGGGAGCAGCUCGUCGGUUUCUUGUAG